AUGCUCUUAUCGAUCGGAAGAAAAAAUGUGCGGUUGACUGCCUGUCAACACCCUGGCAAAAUGUUUCAACAGACUGCUCUGCGAUAUUGCUUUACUAUGAACUCAUUCACGAUAAAGCAUGAGUUCAGCAUCUUCUUUGGUUUCAACUGUGCCUUCUCAGUGACUUCAAACUCUGGCAAUUUCAUGUACAUACUUCAUGGGCUAACGUUUAUUCCUAAAGCACUACUGCUCUGCAUGAUAGACAGUAGCGCUAACUCGACAGAGCCGCUGAAAUGUGAUAUAGAUGAAUUACCCAGAUAUGACACAUCUGGCCCUUCUUCCCGCGACUUUCAGACCUGCUUCUACAAGGUUUUGCUUUGGAGGCCGCGGCAUUAA